AGUUCUGAAAUAAACGCCGUAUGAACAACACCGUGUUCCGUUUCUUCACCCUAAACAACCCCUGUAUACCAUAUUGGCGACGAUUUCGAGUCUACGCGAAGUGUUACAGUGUCAUUCCCAACGUAAAUAUGACCAUCGGUAAAUUAGAAGUGUUUAAUGUUGAGUCGGACAGCUGGUCGACUUACGUGGAGCGGUUGGAACAGUAUUUCAUUGUCAACGAAACAAAGGAAGAACACAAAGUGCCUACGUUGAUAACAGUUAUGGGAAAUCAAGCCUACGAACUAUUAGUAACAAUGUGUACACCCGAUAAACCGGCAAGUAAAAAGUUCGCAGAUUUAGUGAAAGUGAUGAGCGGCCAUUUGCAACCAAAACCGAGUUUGUUAGCAGAGCGAUACCGGUUUCGUAACAGGAAACAAAGGACGGGCGAAUCGGUGGCGGAUUUUGUUGCAGAGCUCAAAAAGUUAGCAAAGCAUUGCGUCUUUGGGAACGGGCUGACAGAAAGUUUGAGAGAUCAGCUAGUGUAG